AUGGUUCCCGGAGGUCAGAAAUAUUCCUAUGCCCGCCGCGGCAAUCCGACGACGGAUUCACUUGAAGAUGCCCUGCAGGAACUGGAAGGGGCAGCCGGCGUCAAACUUGCCAAUUCCGGCCUGAACGCAGUCGCUCUCGCGCUCCUCUCCUGCGUGAAAUCCGGUGACCACAUCCUGAUUACGGACACGGCUUACCAGCCGACGCGGCAUUUCGCGGAUACAGUCCUGCCGAAAUUCGGAGUAACCGCCGAAUACUACGACCCGAAGCUCGGCGCAGACAUCAAGACCCUGUUCAGGGAAGAAACAUCCGCGGUCUUCACCGAGGCCCCGGGAUCCCUUACGUUCGAAAUGCAGGAUGUUCCGGCAAUUGCAGUUGCGGCGCAUGAAAUCGACGCGACCGUUCUCAUGGACAAUACAUGGGCCACUCCCCUGUUCUGCCAACCGCUUGCCCUCGGUGUCGAUCUUUCGAUUCAGGCAGGUACCAAGUACAUUGUCGGUCAUUCCGACGCGAUGCUCGGUACCGUAGCUGCGAGCGAAAGAGCGUGGAAAGGCCUCUAUGACAUUCACGGUGCGAUCGGCAGCCACGUUGCACCGGACGACGUCUAUCUCGGCCUCCGGGGAUUGCGUACACUCUCGGUCAGGCUGGAGCGGCAUCAGAGGAAUACGCUUGCUGUUCUCGAUUGGCUGAAAGACCAGCCUCAAAUCGAGGCGGUAAGUUAUCCCGCGCUUGAAUCAGAUCCCGGCUUUGCAAUCUGGCAACGCGACUUCACCGGCAGUUCAGGUUUGUGCGGAUUUGAUUUCAAGGCCGGAACCACAAAGGAACAGGCCGGCGUGUUCCUCAACGCCCUCACCCUGUUCGGCCUGGGAUAUUCUUGGGGCGGCUUCGAGAGCCUGGCUAUCCCGGCAAGGCUCAAGGGCAUGCGGACCGCAACGUCCUAUGACGAAACACGUUGUUCGAUUCGCCUUCACAUCGGACCCGAAGAUCCGGAAGAUCUGGUCAACGACAUCGAGCAGGCCCUAGCCAGGGCAUUCGGCUAA